UAAAGCCCAUCCACCCACCCCGAACCGAAUCCAAGAUGAGCUCACCUAGAGACGAGGAGAAGCCGCACGAUGAAACGCGGGACCACGCCGAUGGCGACAACGAUGAGGAAGAGAUUUCGGCGAUGAAGCAGCGUGUCGCCGAGAUGGAGGCCGAGGCGGCGAAGCUCCGGGAGAUGCAGGCGUCGCUCGACCAGGCGCGCCAGGACCUGAGUGAGGACAAGGAGGACAUCGACAACCGGAGUAUAUUCGUCGGCAACGUCGACUACUCCACGUCGCCCGAGGAGCUCCAGGCGCACUUCCAGAGCUGCGGGUCUAUCAACCGCGUCACGAUUUUGCUUGAUAAGUUCACGGGCCAGCCCAAAGGAUAUGCUUAUGUAGAGUUCAGCGAACCCAACCUCGUCGCGCAGGCUCUUGUUCUCAACGACAGUGUCUUUAAGGGAAGAAAUAUCAAGGUGGAGCCUAAACGGACAAAUAUCCCAGGCAUGUCGCGUGGACGCGGUAGGGGCGGUCUCCGUGGCGGCGGCCGUGGCUCUUUUGGCGGCAGGGGUGGUGGCGGGUACACGAGAGGAGGAUACCGCGGGGGGUACCGGGGCCGCGGCCGCGGAUUCACACCCUAUUAGCCCCGGGGCACGCCGGGCAUAGGGCAGGUUCGGGUGCAGCUUUCCGAGUUGCACGAUAAGAGCCGGGAAGAGCUGUUUUUUUUUCUUGACUUCGACUACGGGUUUAAUCUGCUUUUGUUUGCUUCGGCAAGGCGUCAUGGGAUUGGGCAAAAGAACGGAAGGUACGCUCAGCGCAUUUUCGAGUCAUCAUCGGCAUUCAAUCGUGAGGUGUCUCCGAGAGCCCAUACAGAGAGGGUGUGCCGGGAUACGGGGUUCGGCAUCUUGUCACUAAGCCCCAGUAAAAAAACGGUCGGCUUCGCCCAAGGUUGGCUGGGGGGAGGAUCGUUAUGUCAGAAACAUAUGCUCGGGGCUCUUCAUCUAGUUAGCUCGACGAACCACAGACGGAGUGCCACACACAAACCAACCACACCCAGUUCGGCGA